CUAAUCGUUGAGUUUCCCUCAGUCAUUUUACCCCUACUGUGCCGCCUCAUCGGCGGAACCGCAAUUGCAGAACAGUAGAGAAGGACAUCUAGCACUCUCAUCGUGCAUCAAUAGCCGUCUGUUUGGCUGCCGAGAAACUGAGGGAAACUCUACACUUUGAUCGUUUUAGUUUUGCAUUGUCAGGACUGCAAAAAGGAGGUUCGGGUUUUACUUAAAUUCUUGGCGGCCAAACAGUUCGUUAGGACUUCAACUGAGAAUUCAUCUUUUGAGAGUUUGCGUAGUAACCACCAAUCAUGGAAACUCUAGAAAAAUCCGAGGAGACCGUCUCAAAUAAUACUCAAAGGAUGGCUGGAACUGUCAAUUGGGGCACAGCAACUGUCAUUGGAGUGUUUGCGGGCAUGCUAUAUGGAGGUAGUAAGGAGGCAGCUGCUUCUGUUAGCAAGGAUGCAGAAGUGAUGUUGAAGCUAGGGAGCACACCAGACAAGCGUGAGCAGUACCGAUUGAUGAGAGAUGCAAUGGAGAAGAGGUUUAUCCGAGUCACACGUGGCUCAAUAGUUGGUGGAGUGCGCCUUGGAAUGUUCACUGCUGCAUUCUACAAUUUACAGAAUUUGCUUGCAGAGAAACGAGGUGUGCAUGACGUUUUCAAUGUUGUUGGAGCUGGUUCAGCCACUGCUGCGGUAUUUGGUCUAAUUAGUAAGAAGUCAGAAACUCAUAUAUCAGAUUGCCAGGGUCGCUCAUUUGGCGUGCAAGGAAUGUUGCUCUGGGUUCAGCUCUGGGAGCAGCAAUUUGUUUCCCUCUUGGUUGGCUCCAGCUGAAGCUUAUAGAGAAAGCAAAUGAGGUGAAUGAGGCCGCUCAUCUUGGUUCAGAUCAAAGGGGAGAAGCAAAGAGUGGUGUCAGUGCAGCAAUAGAAAGGCUUGAAGAAAACUUGAAUAAAUAGAACAACAAAAUUUGGACGGUCCUAACCUCUCCGGUUUUCGAUUUUCUGUACGAUGAAGGUAGAGGGAUCAAAAGAAAGACAUCCAGCACUCGAAACAGUUUUAAUCCUUUCGCCUUAUAAAAUAGCGAGAAUGAGAAUCAAUAAGUUUUGAUCUUGAUGUUAUUUAUGCCUCUUUUGUUGGUGAUGAUGUUAGGUCAGUUACCUCAUAGAUACACAAGUCAAGAUUUGGGUUACACUGUUCUCAUCUUAUUCAUUUAUAUAUUAUCAGAAUUCUA